AUGUCCACUCCAAAUGGGACCAUCUCAACGAGCGAGGCUCGCGAAGCCGCUGCUCCGACCACUAAAGCGGUGAUCAAGAACGUCGAUAUGUCUGAGGACAUGCAGCAACGCGCUGUGGAUACCGCUACGGCCGCACUGGAGCAGUACAAUGUCGAGAAGGACAUUGCCAUGUUCAUCAAGAAGGAGUUUGACCGGAUGUACGGGACGACGUGGCAUUGUAUUGUGGGGAAGAACUUUGGAUCUUUCGUUACGCACGAAACGAAGAACUUCAUCUACUACUAUCUCGGCCCCAUCGCCGUCCUGCUCUGGAAGACCUCAUAG